AUGUCUUCACGGUCACUGCCAGUGCUGGCGCCACGAGCCCCGGGCAGCGCCCCCGAGGUGGCCGAGCGGGCCAUGUCCAGAGAACACACCGAGGCCGAGUGGAAGUCGAUGAGGGGCGUCAUCGAACAGCUCUACAUCCACGAGAACCGUAAGCUCGUCGAGACCAUGGCGAUCCUCGAGAGCAAGUAUGGCUUCGCCGCGACUGAGCAAAUGUACAAGAAGCGCCUGAAGAAGUGGGACAUGCGCAAGCGGACUUAUCGCAAGACGCAAGACGGCUCCAGCGCCUCGACGCCGGCGCCAUCGACGGCCGCCUCAGACGGCGUCGACGCUGUCAUGAACGUUCCUGUCGAGGAGGUGUCCCCCUCUCGCGCUGUCGUUCCAAGCGCAAAGCCGCUGGCCAUCGAGCGCGUCCGCAGGUCCCCGGGGCCGUACACCGGGCUGGAGCUUGUCCUGGACAGCGUGUUCUCGUGGAGCCUGAGCAAGCUGCAGGCGCAUCGGAGCUGCUCCGACCCCAUGUCCAGGUAUCUCGCGAACCCGAACCAGCCGCCUCUGCAGGACAGCCGGACCAUGUACCGUACCUUCGAGCUCGUCUUUGAUCUCUGGUACUACGGCAAGGGCCAGCUCGCGGGCAUGGCCGCGCGCAAGGCAUUUUACGCGCUCGAGUUUGUACUCACCGAGGACCACCCGGACCUCGUGUGGCACAUACUGGAUACUGUCUACGACAUGGUUGACCGCGGGCACAUCCAGCUGCUCGGCAUGUUCCUCCCGCACGCGACGGUGCUGGCCACGAGGCAGCUACCCGCGAACCACCCGCUUCUGCGGAUACUGGAGCAGCUGAUGAGGUGCGACUACCAGACCGAGCUCGGCAGACAGCAGGUCUGCUACAUGCUGCGACAGGCGUGGCUCCGGAACGUAGACAUCCUCACCGAACGCAUCGGGUCGCUGGCGCCGCAGCACCUCUGGCUCUACGAGCAGCUUAUAUGGGACGGCCGGACGCGCCUGCGCAAAGGAGACGAGCUGGCGCGGCGACGAGAGGCCAUGCUGGGUGCCUUGGAGGGGCUCCGGGGCCAGCGCGAAUCAUCACCAGCCGAAGAGGAGGACGAUGCGGAUUCCGAGGCUCUCCGCGUCCGCGCCCUCAUGCUCGAGUACACGCAGAUGGACCUCGGCGACCGACAGGCGGCGGAGCAACUCGCGCUGGACCUGCUGGAGCGCACGGCGUCGGACGGCGGCACGCGGUCCAAGGCGCGGUUCCACGCGUACGCGCGCAAGAUGCUGGCGCGCCUGCAGCAGGAGCGGCAGGACUGGGCUGGGGCUGAGGCGAACCUCCGGUGGGCGGUGACGAAGCGCGAGGCGGCACACGGCGCCGACUCGAACCUGCGCGUGAUCCGCGACCUGUGGGUGCUGGCGGCGCACUUUCAGCGCGCGGGCAUGCAGGAGGCGGCGGACCGGACGACGCAGGAUGCGCUCGCGCGGGCGGCGCGAUAUCUGGGCGCAGACGCAUGA